CGACGCCCUCCAGCUGCACCUCUUUACCGUUCCCCGCGCCUCGUGACGCGCGACUUCCGGCGUGGAGGGGCGGGGCCGUGCGCGCGGCUGAGGCAGCAGCUGAGGCGGCCCGGGAAGCGGCGGGGCUGCCGGCGGGCAGGAGUCGCCAUGGAGGCCGUGCCCCGCAUGCCCAUGAUCUGGCUGGACCUCAAAGAGGCCGGCGACUUCCAGUUCCAGCCGGCGGUGAAGAAGUUUGUUCUGAAGAAUUAUGGAGAGAAUCCAGAAGCCUACAAUGAGGAGCUGAAGAAGCUGGAGUUGCUCAGACAGAAUGCUGUCCGUGUCCCACGGGACUUUGAGGGUUGCAGUGUCCUCCGCAAGUACCUGGGUCAGCUCCACUACUUGCACAGUCGGGUUCCCAUGGGCUCAGGCCAGGAGGCCUCUGUCCCGGUCACCUGGACCGAGAUCUUCUCCGGCAAGUCUGUGGCCCAUGAGGACAUCAAGUAUGAGCAGGCCUGCAUUCUCUAUAACCUUGGGGCCUUGCACUCUAUGCUGGGGGCCAUGGAUAAGAGAGUGUCCGAGGAGGGCAUGAAGGUCUCCUGUACCCAUUUCCAGUGCGCAGCAGGCGCCUUUGCCUACCUGCGGGAGCACUUCCCUCAGGCCUACAGCGUCGACAUGAGCCGCCAGAUCCUCACACUCAACGUCAAUCUCAUGCUGGGCCAGGCGCAGGAAUGCCUGCUGGAGAAGUCCAUGCUGGACAACAGGAAGAGCUUCCUUGUGGCCCGCAUCAGUGCUCAGGUGGUAGAUUACUACAAGGAGGCAUGCCGGGCUCUAGAAAACCCUGAUACGGCCUCGCUGCUGGGCCGGAUCCAGAAGGACUGGAAGAAACUCGUGCAGAUGAAGAUCUACUACUUUGCAGCUGUGGCUCAUCUGCACAUGGGCAAGCAGGCCGAGGAGCAGCAGAAGUUUGGGGAGCGGGUCGCGUAUUUCCAGAGUGCCCUGGACAAGCUCAAUGAAGCCAUCAAGUUGGCCAAGGGCCAGCCUGACACUGUGCAAGAUGCACUUCGCUUCACCAUGGAUGUCAUCGGAGGAAAGUACAAUUCUGCAAAGAAGGACAACGACUUCAUCUACCAUGAGGCUGUUCCAGCUCUGGACACCCUUCAGCCUGUGAAAGGAGCCCCCUUAGUGAAGCCCUUGCCAGUGAACCCCACAGACCCAGCUGUUACUGGCCCUGACAUCUUUGCCAAACUAGUCCCCAUGGCUGCCCACGAGGCUUCCUCUCUGUACAGUGAGGAGAAGGCCAAGCUGCUGCGGGAGAUGAUGGCCAAGAUUGAGGACAAGAAUGAGGUCCUGGACCAGUUCAUGGAUUCAAUGCAGCUGGAUCCUGAGACAGUGGACAACCUUGAUGCCUACAGUCACAUCCCGCCCCAGCUCAUGGAAAAGUGUGCAGCUCUCAGUGUGCGGCCUGACACUGUAAAGAACCUCGUUCAGUCCAUGCAAGUGCUGUCGGGUGUGUUCACGGACGUGGAGGCCUCCCUGAAGGACAUCAAGGAUCUGCUGGAGGAGGAUGAGCUGCAAGAGCAGAAGUUCCAGGAGGCAGUGGGCCCGGCUGGGGCCAGCCUGGCUGUCUCUAAGGCCGAGCUGGUAGAAGUGAAGCGAGAAUGGACCAAGUACAUGGAAGUCCAUGAGAAGGCCUCCUUCACCAACAGUGAACUGCACCGUGCCAUGAAUCUGCAUGUUGGCAACCUGCGCCUUCUCAGUGGCCCACUCGACCUAGUCCGGGCAGCCUUGCCCUCUCCGGCCCUCACUGCAGAGGACAAGGCUGUGCUACAGAACCUGAAGCGCAUCCUGGCCAAGGUGCAGGAGAUGCGGGAGCAGCGCUUGUCCCUGGAGCAGCAGCUGCGCGAGCUCAUCCAGAAGGAUGACAUCACUGCCUCGCUGGUCACAACGGAGCACUCGGAGAUACAGAAAUUGUUUGAGGAGCAGCUUAAGAAGUAUGACCAGCUGCGGGUGUACCUGGAACAGAACCUGGCUGCCCAGGACAAUGUCCUCCGUGCACUGACGGAGGCCAAUGUGCAGUAUGCAGCAGUGCGGCGAGUGCUCAGUGAGCUGGACCAAAAGUGGAACUCCACACUUCAGACUCUGGUAGCCUCGUAUGAAGCCUAUGAAGACCUGAUGAAGAAGUCUCAGGAGGGCAAGGACUUCUAUGCAGACCUGGAGAGCAAGGUGGCUGCCCUGCUGGAACGGGCACGCACAACCUGCCAGGCCCGUGAGGCUGCCCGCCAGCAACUCCUGGACAGGGAGCUGAAGAAGAAGCCACCACCACGGCCCACGGCACCCAAACCACUGCUACCCCGCAGGGAGGAGGGUGAGGCAGUGGAGACAGGAGAUGCCCCAGAGGAACUGCGCAGUCUGCCCCCCGACAUGGUGGCCGGCGCACGGCCACCAGACACUUUUCUGGGAGCUGCUGCCCCAUUUCACUUUGCUCCCAGCCCUUUCCCCAAUGCCACAGGCCCAGGACCCCAUUACUUCCCAGGCCCCUUACCCCCUGGCACCUACUCAGGUCCCACCCAGCUGAUGCAGCCCAGGACUACAGGACCUCCUACAGUGCCUAUAGCACCAGGGCCUGCCCUUUACCCAGCCCCUGCCUAUACAGCAGAGCUGGGUGUGGUGCCCCAGUCCUCUCCCCAGCAUGGUGUGGUGAGCAGUCCCUACGUUGCAGGUCUGCCCUCGGCCCCACCACCCCAAUUCUCAGGCCCUGAGUUGGCCAUGGGAGUUCGGCCAGCCACUACUACUGUGGAUAGUGUCCAGGCACCUAUCCCCAGCCACACCACACCCCGGUCAAACCCUACUCCUGCCCCCCCUUCUCAGCCCUGUUUCCCAGUGCCACCACCCUACCCCUACCCUGUGGGGGCCCAGCAGGCCCUUACAGCACCCCCAGCCCACCCCUUUCCCCCCAGGAUCCCCACAGGGUUUCCUGCACCGCGGAUGGGACCCCAGCCCCAUCCUUCACGAUCAGCAUUUGGCCCUCAGCCUGCCCAGCAGCCCCUUCCACUCCAGCACCCGCCCCUCUUCCCAUCCCAGGUCCCAAGACUCCAGCCUCCACAGGCCCCUUACCCUUUUGUCCCCCAGCCUGGUGUCCUGGGGCAGCCACCACCCCCCUUGCAUCCCCAGCUCUACCCAGGUCCUGCCCAAGAGCCUGUGACCCCCCACUCACGGGCUCUGCCUUUUCCUAGCCCCGGGCCCCCUCAGACUCCCCAUCCCCCCCUGGCCUAUGGUCCCAGCCCUUCACCCAGGCAGCUAGGCCCCCAGGCCACCCCUCUCUCUAUCCGAGGCCCUUCUCCUGCUGGCCAGCCCAGCCCUGCUCCCCACCUGGUGCCUUCACCUGCCCCGUCACCAGGGCCUGGUCCAGGACCCUCUCGGCCCCCAGCAGCAGAACCGCCCCCCUGCCUGCGCCGAGGCACCGCUGCUGCAGACCUGCUCUCCUCUAGCCCAGAGAGCCAGCAUGGUGGUCCACAGCCUCCUGGGGGCGGGCAGCCUUUGCUGCAGCCCACCAAGGUGGAUGCUGCUGAGGGCCGUCGGCCUCAGGCCCUACGACUUAUCGAGCGGGACCCCUAUGAGCAUCCCGAGAAGCUGCGGCGCUUGCAGCAGGAGCUGGAGGCCUUUCGGAGUCAGCUGGGGGAUGCAGGCACUUUAGAUGCCACCUGGAGGGAGCUGCAGGAAGCACAGGAACAGGACGCCCGAGGCCGUUCCAUAGCCAUUGCCCGCUGCUAUUCACUCAAGAACCGGCACCAGGAUGUCAUGCCCUAUGAUAGCAACCGUGUGGUGCUGCGCUCCGGCAAGGACGACUACAUCAAUGCCAGCUGUGUGGAAGGGCUCUCGCCAUACUGUCCACCCUUAAUAGCCACUCAGGCCCCACUACCUGGUACAGCUGCUGACUUCUGGCUUAUGGUGCAUGAGCAGAAAGUGUCUGUCAUCGUCAUGCUGGUGUCGGAAGCCGAGAUGGAGAAGCAAAAGGUGGCACGCUACUUCCCCACAGAAAGGGGCCAGCCCAUGGUGCAUGGCGCCCUGAGCCUGGCACUGAGCAGCGUCCGCACCACUGAGACCCACGUGGAACGUGUCUUGAGCCUACAGUUCCGGGACCAAAGCCUCAAGCGUUCUCUAGUGCAUCUCCACUUCCCCACUUGGCCUGAGCUAGGCUUACCUGACAGCCCCAGCAACCUGCUGCGCUUCAUCCAGGAGGUGCACGCACAUUACCUGCAUCAGCGGCCCCUGCACACGCCCAUCAUUGUGCACUGCAGCUCUGGCGUGGGCCGCACAGGGGCCUUUGCACUGCUCUACGCAGCUGUGCAGGAGGUGGAGGCCGGGAGCAGCAUCCCUGAGCUGCCCCAGCUGGUGCGGCGCAUGAGGCAGCAGAGGAAGCACAUGCUGCAGGAGAAGCUGCACCUUCGGUUCUGCCACGAAGCCGUGGUGAGGCACGUGGAACAGGUCUUGCAGCGCCAUGGAGUGCCUCCUCCCUGUAAACCUGCAGCCAGCACAAGCCUCAACCACAAGAAUCCCUUUCCUCAGGAUUCCCAGGAUCUGGUCCUCGGUGGAGAUGUGCCCAUCAGCUCCAUCCAGGCCACCAUCGCCAAGCUCAGCAUCCGGCCUUCUGGGGAGUCCUCGGCCGCCAGCCUGCCAGGUCCUGUAGAGCCCCCAGGCCUGCCCCCAGCCAGUCUCCCAGAGCCCACCCCAGUCCCUUCCUCCUCACCACCCCCCCUCUCUUCACCCCUGCCUGAGACCCCCCAGCCUGAGGAAGAGCAGCCUGUGCCUGAAGCCCCCAGCUCGGGGCCCCCUUCCUCCUCUCUGGAGCUGCUGGCCUCUCUCACCCCAGAGGCCUUCUCCUUGGACAGCUCCCUGCGGGGAAAGCAGCGGAUGAGCAAGCAGAACUUUCUGCAGGCCCAUAACGGGCAGGGCCUGCGGGCUGCCCGGCCCACUGAUGAUCCCCUCAGCCUUCUGGAUCCCCUCUGGACACUCAACAAGACCUGACCAGGCUUUGCCUGGGUGGUAUACACUACAUCUCACAUACCCACCUGCC